AUGCCCCCUCGUUCCUCGCGCGCCAGCAAUGCCCGAAACCAGCAGCAACACAGACAACAUCAACAUCAACACCAGCAGCCAACGCCUCCCAUCACUGAUAACGACAACGACAACGACAACGACAAAGAUUCGCCACGGCGCGGACUCACAGCUGAUCUAUCGCCACCUGCACAGCUACCGACACCGUUACCUGACACAGGAGCUGUAGUGCCACAAGCAGACCUCGAGCUCUUGCCGCCUUUCGAGCUUGACGGAGAUGCGCGUGCUAGUGUUGAGACUGGCGUGUAUGCUAAUGUGGAGGGUGUGACGGAAAGAGAGAGGGGCAGAGAGCGUGGAAGGGUGAGGGUUAGCCCUAGCGACGGCGACCACGAUAGCGAUAAGCACCGCGACCACGAUAACACCAACCAAUCGCACUUUACUGGCAACUUGACGGGCGCACUGAUGCCUGUCACAGUCGGCGCUGGGAUGCUUGCUCUGUCUGAUAAGGAAGCUAACUCCUCUUCCUACCCUGCUGUUGCCGAUGAAGAGGUGUCGGAGGACCUAGCACAGACGUAUACCUAUGCACCACAAGACAUCACCCCGAACAGGAGGACGACGGUGGAAGAGCACGGCUCGCCGCCGCCGUUGCCUAUCCCACCGCGUACCUCCGUGACCGGGGAGCAGGCUUUCAGAUACAGACAGGAGGAUGUGAUGUGGGAUGAGGAGUUCCAGAACGUCCAACACACAGGAGGAGUCCGUGAGACGUCUUCUGGAUCUGCCUAUGCCCGCCCCGACGCGUCUACGAGUCCCCCUGUUUCAUCCACUUCGCCUCUACGCCGGAAUUCGAGUUCAACAUCGAAUCAACAGCCGGCAUCGAUACUUGAUACCCUUAACCGCACAAUUCGAGGACACAUGCCGUACGCACCGCCGUCGUCAGUUCCUGCACCACCAGCUGUGUCGAGACGGAGGGUGGAAGGCGUCGGUGCUGGAGGCUUCGGUUUCUCUGUCAAAAGUAGUGGAGGUGGAGACAGGGAGAGAGAGGCGAGGAUGAAGCAGGAGUUUGAGAGGGAGUAUGAAAGAGAUGGAGAUGACGAGGACUAUGAGAGGCAUGGUGGCUACGGCCAUGCCCCCAAUACCCAGCAGGACAGAGAAUAUAGGCCUACACAUCCAACCGCAAAGCACCGAAGUGUCGAUUUAGGUGUUGAACAUGAGGAAGGUCCGUAUGGAGGUGGAGGUGGAGGUGGAGGUGGGUAUGGAUACGGAUACGGAAUGGAACACACCCGCGGAUACUCGGAAGCGAUGAAUCAAGGUGUAGAACCUGGAAUUGGAACUAGGAUACCUGGAAGGAGAGAUUUGAAGAGCGGGGAGUACGGGAUUUCAGGUGGGAGAGGGCGAGGAGCAGUUGGUAUGGAACGAGAUAGUGGAGUUGAUCAUGGGUAUGGGUAUGGUGGAUAUGGAUAUGGUUACGGUGAAGAGGGUGAAGGGGUUGAGAAAGGUAGAGGCUCUAUGGGAGUUGGAGGAGGAGUUGAAAAUGUAAAGGGUGCGGGAGUGGCGAGAGGUCAGGGACAGAACCAGGGUUUGGUGCGUGUGCGAGACGAUGGAAUUGUGGGGGCGAGGUGGGAUGUGCUCAACGAUCGACGGGUCCUUGUAGUCGCCUAUCCGUCGGCCCUGCAGAUAUGGGAUACGUAUGACCUGAAAGCGAUUAGGGAGGUCGUGCGUCUGCGAUUCGAUGCUUCUGCUUCUUCUGGCACGCAAACGCAGUGGAGUGCGCUUUUCGCUCUUGGUAGGGAACCGAUGGGUACAGUAAAGGGCAAGGUUGCCGGCCAUGGUGUCGGUGGUAGGAUGGGGUCAGGCAGAGACGAUUUUACAAUCCGCGUUGCACAUGCGGUUAUCCUUCCCACUACCAGCAGGCGAGCAAAGGCUGCGACGCGCGACAAGGACGUGUUUGAGGAUGAGAGGCCGUUGCUUGGUUUGUUACUUGAAGCAGAGGCAGCGGAAGAGGAUGGUAAUGCGGGAGUCGAGUCUGUGACGGAAGUGGUGUUUGUGGUAUAUUCGCUUCGGACACAUCGAGUGGUGAAGCAUAUACCGCUCUCGGGGAUUCCUGAUUUUAGGAGUCGUGCGGGUACUUUUGAUGUUAGCAAGGAUUUCGUAGUCCUUAGCACGAAGAGCCCGCCAACACUACAUAUUCUUUCGUCCGCGACAUUCCGGAGGCUUCACACUAUCCACUCAACGUCCCUGGAAGCGUUCACAAGCCCCCCGCGUAUACCUCCUCCUACCCCACAUGGCUCAGAAAUGAAUGUGGAUGUAGCAGGUAUCAGCACCGCCGCUGGAGGACCUCCCAGCGUGCAUGCAGACGCAACAACCGGAAAGUCCAGAACAGGCGCCUUUUCGUCGGGCCUCUCAUUGUCGAUUGCCAACGCCAUUUCGAACGCGCUGUAUGCACCAGGGAGCCGCAGUAGCACGCCUGCUUCUGUCAAUCCUAGUGGAAAUGCUGAGCAAGCUGAUGGAUCAGUCUCCGUGCCAGUAGUGUACCCCUCUCCGGUGUUUGCGCUGUCUGGAAGACUCCUGGCGUAUGCAUCGCCCGUCCCUGGGCGCAGCACGGGGACUAGUGGAGGAGAUGCCGGCUCUAUGUCUCCAGGGGGUGUUGGUGGCGUCGGCUCGUCCCCUUCUCCGUCAUCCUUUCUCAGUGUCGGUACCGGUAUCACUUCAGGUAUUAGUAAAGCCUCUCGCCGGCUCUCGUCAUCGUCAUCAGCGUCUGUACACUCGAACGCACCGUCCAGCGCGUCAUCGUCGUCCGCGCCCUUCGGGCUGAGUGCCAUAAGUGGGAUUGGGGCAAGUAUCCCGCGCACACAGGCGGAGGUAGGGCAUGCUGCACUGAGGGUCAGCGAGAGCGUGGUGAGUGGUAUGCGGUUUUUGGGUGGUAUGGCGGUGGAUGCUGCGCGUAGCAGAGUGGGCGCUGGCGUGGGAGGUGGUGUACCAGUCAGGCAGGGUACACCUGUAGGUGCAGGGCGGGCGGGCGGAAGUGUUAGUGGAGGAGGGAAUGGGAGGUACAUCUCCAGAAGUGCACCGGAUAAUGCGGAGGAUGUGGAUGAUUCUGCGGCUGCGCAAGCUUUGCGUGAGCGCAGGUACUCCGCCAACGCGUCAGCCGCUGUUGGAAGUGUUCCCUCGUCCUCGUCGUAUGUCAGUUCGCAUGCCGUCGCACCACAUACGACGGGCGUGGUUGAACACGGGCAUUAUGUGACGGUGCUGGAUUUAGCACCGCUCCUGGACUCCAACUCUAGCGAGGCAGAUGGAUUUGGACGCGAUCUGGAAAGCACUGUGAAGAAUAUACACGACGUCGGCGUUGUCUAUAAUGACGAACUUGUCGACGACAUGCGCCCUAUCCGGACCCCUAUGAAGAUUGAUGAAUUCAAUGCAUCGCGUAGCCAGCCCGUCGCAGGUCUCUGCUUCGCGCAGGAUGGGACGAGCGUGGGCGUGAUCACGCGCGACGGGCACAGUGUCAAAGUAUUCAGGCUCCGCCCCGUGCCGUCCGUCGUGCGUCUAGGAGAAAGGAACACAUCGUCAGAAUUGGUGGAGGAAACUGGUUUGCAGGAGCCGCCACAAGGCCCGCGUGCUUCCCAGGUUUAUGACUUGUAUCGCGGACGCACGUCUGCUGUGGUGGAGGGUGUGGAUUGGGCGAAAGACGGCAGGUGGGUUGCGGUUGGUACGCGAAAUAGGACUGUUCAUGUGUUCGCGACGAACCCUUACGGCGGCAAGACCGAUUUACGAAGCCACAUGGAGGGGAGGGUUAGAAAUGUGGAUGUGAUUGAGCACCCAAUGACGUCUUUAAACGCGAUCGCGAAGCUGCGUGGGACUAAGGGCGCACAAGCACAGGCGAGCGCACCACUAGCGUUCACAUUCCUCUCGCCAUGCGAUGUGUUGUCGGCACCAGAUCUUGCGCCGCCACGUUCUCCUGCGGCACCACCGCCCAUGAAUAUCGUCAGCCGUUCGCCGUCCUCGCCAAAAACGGGUUAUACCAGCCAUGCUCAUGCCAGUGCGAGUAGCACGUCAACAACAACUAGUGCAUCUGGUGGAAAGCGCAGCACGAAUUUCCAGGAUGUGCUUCUCUUCGACCCGGCGAGCGGCGUGCUGUCGCUAAGACGGCUUGCUCUUGACAAGCAGCCCGUAAGAGACGUUGUAGGGGCAUCGGUGCAUGCGCUCGGCGUGGGUGUGACGAGCAUAUCACUACCGGGUGUGGGUGGAGUGGGGCGGCUGAGCUCGUCUUCACCAUCGACAAAGGGCGGAUUGGGCACGGCUGCUAUUUCUGGGUCUGGAAGUGGGAGCGGUAGUGGUAGCGCCGGUACGGAGACUCAGAUGGAGCUCACGGCGAAGGAGAGUGUAUUGGCGACAUGGACUUUGUUUGCGAGACGUGAUCGGGAGUGGGCAGAGAUCAAGACGCCGGUUGUACCACCUGUGAAGGGACCAGUUAGUGUAGGAAGCCCUCGAGACUGGCUUGCGGAGGGUGAAAUCACCACAGGCUCAAACUCCAAACGCGUUCUGCCUCGAUCACUAUAUCUUUCACACCAAUUCUUAUUCCAUACUCUAGGCGAAGACUACCACGCGCUGAUCAGGCGGUACCAGUUCGAUAUAGCAGGGGACAGGAUUGACGUGCGCCGCCAGGUCGAAAUCAGUGCAUACUCGUCCUCCUCGCCCGUGUCUGGCCUUCCUCUCCCAGGUGCCAUCAGCAGUGGUGGGAGCGGAAGCGGAAGUAGCGUCGGCCGCGAACACAUGCUCGACUUCUCGCCCUCAUCGCCACCGCAUUCACAUUCGCACAUGCACUCGCACUCCAUCCAACGCGUUUCCUCGUCGUUUGACGAGCCCAUUGCAUCUGCGAUUUCAGGCCGCUUCUUCGAGCCCGACCAUCCCAAUGUGUAUGGGUCCAGUGCAGGUACCACCUCUACCAGCAAUGCGCAUGCCCGCUCUCACUCUGUGUCGGGGGCGAUCCCUCCCAUACUCCCUAUGUAUCCGAACGGCGGGGUGCAUGCGACGGGCGGCUCUUUCAGGAACGCGAUUGCUAUCCCGAUUGGGCGGAAGAUGGCAGGGAUUGGAGAUGGCGUCAGCGAGGGUGUGGCGAGGCUCAGGCGGGAGAUGUUGCAGAAGGCUAAGACUGGCGGUGCUGGGCGCAAGGAGAGGGAGAGGGAGGAUAAUUCUGGUGGACAGCAGCAGGUUGUGCCGCUGGAAUUUGAUGAGGAAGAUGAGGACUUUGUUGGACACGCGGGAGAGGGGAGUGGGAAUGUGACUUCGGCGCCUUCGUCGACUUUGAACGCGACAUAUAUGCAGCAGCCGCAACAGCAAUCACAUCUGCAGCUGGUGUCUGAUGUCGAUGGUGGCGACGUGGUUGGUGCGGUAGACGAAGAGAUAUGGGAUGGCGGGUGGGACAUGCAAGAUCGGAUGGCUGUGGAAGAGCAGGAGGGGUUCUAUGAGCUUGACGGGCGAGGUGUCGGUUUCGUCUCCGGUCUGAACGUGGCGGGGGUAAGUGGGGGUGGUAGUGCUGCCAUUACACGCGUUGUCUCUGGGAGCCGUGGUGGUGGUAUUAGUGGUCCCAGUCAGGGUGUAAGCGAUGAGUUGCAGCCGCUGGAUGCUUCGUCUGCCAGUGCACGCCACCCGCAAACAUUGGCAACUGCCAUCGAGCCCAACCUGAUAGAUUUGGAAUCGUCCUUCACAGCGCCUAGCAACAAUACCAAGAAUGCGAAUAGGAAGACGAAGCAGAAACGGCGUGGCUGA